AUGGCCUCGUCUCCGAAUUUUGAUUUAAUCGAACGAUUGGAAAUUAGUUUCAAAGAUACAACGGCUCUAAGUUCAUUAUGCAAACAUAUAGCUUCCGAAAUAGAAUCAGGUUCUAUGAAACUAUGCACAUUUGUGGAGAUACUAGGUUCUUACAUGACAGACCAAAAUGUUCUCACAAGGGAAAAAGGGGUUACGGCACUGUCUACUGUCUUAUCCCAUUUAUCCCAAGAUUAUCUUACUGAAUCAGAAUUACAUUUUAUUACAAUGUUUUACUGCGACCGGAUGAAGGAUCAUUAUAGUAUUAUACCAUCUGUACUAAAUGGUAUUCAAGCAAUUGUGACUAUGAGUCAUUUGCCUGAAGACGCAUCACAGUCCUUGUUAAGAAUUAUGUUUGAGCAUGUUCAGUGUCAAUCUCAGCUGUUACCUGAACGUCGUAAAAUAUAUCUAAUACUUAAAAAUUUAAUAGACACUAGGUCAGAUAAUUUGAGAUCUAUGGGUUCAGAUUUAAUUUAUGGUAUUAUAAGCUCUAUGGAUGGUGAAAGAGAUCCAAAUAAUCUCAUGUUACUGUUUAAUAUGCUACCACGUUUUAUAAAAGAAUUUCCAUUAGGUCAUUUAACUGAAGAAAUGUUUGAAGUUAUGGCAUGCUAUUUUCCAGUUGAUUUUAAUCCUUCUGGUAUGGAGGCUCUAAAUGUAACACGAGAAGAUUUGGCAGAAAAAUUAGCACCUUGUUUAUGUGCCGUUCCAGAGUUUGCGAAUUAUUGUUUACCUCUUAUAAUUGACAAAUCAUGUUCUACUCUCACUGUUGCUAAACUGGAUUCCUUCAACCUAUUACGUGAAAGUGUUCAAACGUUUGGGUUAUCAAAAAUAGAAUCAUAUUUACCUGACCUAUGGGCAGUUUUGAAGAAGGAAGUAAUGCCAGGAAGGGACAUUGAAACAAGAGACGCUGCUUUACAAGCAAUGACGUCUUUAAUUAAAGUUAUAUCAGUCGAUGAGACUGUUUGCAAAAAUUUUAUUGACAAAAUAAUCACUGAUCUAAAAUGGUCGUUAUGCGAUGUGCAACUGAGUUUAUAUAGACCUGCCCAAACGCUAUUGGAAACAAUAGCUGCAAUUAACAAAACGAUAUGUGUACAAAUCUUGAAAGCUGUAAUACCUCUGUGUAUUGGACAAUAUUCUACAAAGACUUCGUUAAACGACAAAAUUGUAUUGAUAGAAACAUUAAACAAUUUCAUGAAGAUAUCUUCCGAUCAUGACAUUUACAUUCAAGAUAUUCCAGAAUUAUCAUGGACAAAUAUAUCUCAAAUGUAUUUAGAUAGCUUGACAGCAGAAAGUAUUGAAUUAAAAAGUAAAAUAUUCUUUGGUUUAACAAUUCAAAAGAUGCGUUUAAACGACGUGCAACGUUCUAUAUUAUACAAUGCAAUAUGCAAUGAAAUUGAAAAAGGAUGCGAUAAAAUACAAAUUAUAUGUCAUACAACUAUUAUAGACUUUGCUGUGUUAUAUCUUGAAGAAAUAUCAAUGUUAGUUAAAGAGAGAUUAUUGUCCAACAUAGAUGAAACGGAAAUAGAAUUACUGAAACGUAGAAUAAAAGCUUUAUCAGCAAUUGCAAAAAUACGUGAACUAGGCUGUGUGAUACUUCCAAAAAUUGUUACAAUGAUAACAAAUACUGUUAAUACUGAUAUAUGUAUUACGACUUUACUGAAUAUCCAGAAGUUAAUUGGUUUAAAGAAAUCUGAUUACAAUAUACAUCAAUUUCUGUAUAAGGAAUGCCAUAUUAUUGAUAAAUUAAUUUUAUAUGAGACAAAUGUUGUCGAUUAUAAAAAGUUAAUAUCUAAUAUAUGCCAGUUAAUUAUACGAAAUAUAACAAUCGAAGAACAACGUGCAAUUGUAGCGAAAUACACUACAGCUUUGAAUACAAAAAAUCCUGAAACUGAUGUAACUAUAAUGAUGAAUCUUUUCAUUUCUUUACGGAAAGAUAUCGAUCUAAAUAUAAAUAAUAAUAUGGUGGAAAAUUUGUAUAAUCUAGCAACUAACAAUUGUAAUCUGGAUAUAAGGCAAACAAGCUGUAAAUUUCUAUCUGUGUUACUAAAUAAAAUGAAAGUGUCAGAGCUUGAUAGAAUUGUGUCUUGUUUAGAAGAUAAAAUAAAUAAUAAUUUAAAUGCAAACAAUGACAUUAAAUUGAAACAACAUACAGUUAACUUUCAAAUUUGGAUGACUAAAGCACUUAUCAUGAGAGGAUACGCAAAAUCUCAAUACUUUCUGGAAAAUCUUACACACUUAUUAAGUCACGAUGAACUAGGUCAAUUUAUAGGUGAACAAUAUCAAAUUUUAGUAAAUAAAUAUGAGGAUAUUUUGAUAACAGAAAAUUUCUGCAAUGUAAAAAUUUUUUACAAACAAAGAGUGUUUGAAUAUUUGUUGCGGCAAAAUAUUAAUUUUAAAAACAUGUCAAGACAGAAUUAUCUUAUCGCUUUAGUACAUUUACUAGAACAAAUACCUGAAGAAUUAUUAUUUUUGCAUUUAACAAAGUUGGUGCCACUGUUGAUCGAGUCUCUUUCUCUUAGUAAUGAGUAUUUAGUUCUCUGGACAUUGAUGUCAUUUAAACUAUUACUUGAUACUAAACAUGACGUAUUUUCUGAUAAUUUACAAUGUAUUAUACCGCGGCUUAUGCAACUAUCAACGCAUCGGAUUAUGGGUGUUAGAAUUGCGGCCCUAGAAUGUCUAGCGCAUUAUGCUAAUUAUCCAACUAUUCUAAUAAACCCGUACAAGCAAACUGUGUUAGAUAAAUUGGGGAUAAUAAUCGACGAUCGCAAACGCUUAGUUAGGAAGGCUGCAGUGGAUGCGAGAACACGAUGGUACUUAGUGGGUGCAUCUGAAGAACAGUCAAAGGAAUGAACGAUAUCACAGUUCGAUUCUGUAUAAAUACAUCUCUAACGUGAUUUUAUAUAUAUUUUUUGCCUUACUUUUAUAUACAUUGUGAAAAAUGUAAAUUUCUCACCAAAUAUCAACAUAUUAUAUCUAAA